AUGAAAGAAGAGCAUGUGGCAUGGGCAAUUUCAAUCAUGGUAGUAGGAACAGUCAGUGUCAUCACAAACCUCAUCCAGGUCGUUAUUUGUCUGCUGAAGAGAAAACAGAAAACAGUGUUUGAUGUAUCAAUUUUGAGUCUAAGUGCUGCCGAUAUGCUGGCUUCUUCGAUGUUCUUCUUGCAGGGGUUGCGAAGACUCUUAACCAAACAAGGGAUGGUGGUCCAUACUGUUAUGCUUCGAUUCGCAUACACAGGCUGUUACUUCUCCGUUUCGUCUUCUUGCCUGCACAUCAUUUUCAUUGCAGUUCAGCGCUUGAUCCUCAUCCGACAACCUCUUAGAUCAAAAGGAUUCUUCACUUUUCGACGUGUUCUUCUCGCAGUAUUCACCAUUUGGUUCCUUUCUGCAAUUUUCGCGUGCUUGAGUGCCUUUAGGUUGUUCCCUCCCCAUGCGAUGAGUUUUUACAUUUUUGGCAGUGGCACACUGAUUGUUCUUGCGUACUCACUUAUCUCUGCCAGGUUCAGAAAAGUCAGCAAGGGUGUAGCUGACAUUGGCAAUCGCUCAGGUGGAUCGGCCGUCAGGAAUGAGGUUGUCAUCAUGCACGCAUUCGCAAUCAUGCUCACGUUUGUUAUCUGUACCUUCCCGUAUGGUGUUGCGAGGUUCUUCUCGCACAGUUCCGUCUUCUACAUGGUCUGUGACAUUAUAUUCGCGUUGAAUCCUCUACUUGAUCCCAUUCUGUACUUUUUCAUGUCAUUUUGCCGACAUCGUCGCAAGACUAAUGUCAUUCGCUUCGACCUUGAAUACAGAAACUGUGCAAGAAAUGGCGGGGAAAAAUCCACAGCUAAAGUGACACAAAUGUAA